CAAAUCCACUGCGAGGCAAGACACCAAGAAAAGGCACUAAGGAAGAUGAGGAAAAGAAUGACAAAAUAAACAUAUCAAGAAAAGCAUUAAUAAUAACACAAGUAGUGAACGUUCCCUGCCCGUUCACCACGAACAGAAGGGACGAACCAGUGACAAACUUUUCCCUCCUGUCGCGAUGACGCAACAGGCUAUGAUAAGUCACGCAUCCUGUAAAGUCUCACACUGACGGCAUACAGUAAAGACCUGAGAACAGUUGCACGACUACUCUGGCUACUCAGUCCACCACGCCGACAGCUAUGCACGAAGAAGGAACAGCCGCUGACACCGGUCUGGAGAUGGCGGGGAACUGCACCCUGCCGUUGUCGGAGGACGCUCUACUACGUUUCUUCCUCGUCUACUGCUGUUUCAUCUGCAUCGUUGGCAUAACAUGUAAUGUUGUGGCGCUGUGGUGCGUGGCGCGCUGCCCCCGCACCAUCACUCCCGUCAAGGUGAUCCUGGGCGCGAUCUUCUCCAGCACGCUGCUCCUGUGCCUCGUGGGGCCUCCCUCCACGGCGAACCUCGCACUCUCCAAGCUGCGCUGCGACGGGGAGGUUCCAAAGACGGUCCAGAUGUUCGCCACUAUCAGCGUCUGCAUCUUCACAAAAAUGGAAAGCAUUUACGUCUUCGUUAUGGCGCUACUCAGAGCUCGGGGGGUGUGGGCGCCGCGGCGGGGCCCAGUGAGGAUGCGCACGGCCGUGGCUGCGGUAGUGGGGGUCGGACUCUACAUCUUACUCGAGACUGCGGUGAUGGUUGCACUGAAAUGGAUGCCGAAUAUCCACAGUCACUCGAGGAAUAUCAGGCUGGUGGCUUCCAAAAUAGUGCACUACCUCCUACCCGUGCUGCUCACCCUCGCUUGCUACCUGUCGACCAUCGUGGCGGUGAGACGUAACAAGCGUAAUCUGGCCGGCAGUCAGCCCACAGCGGCAGUGACGAUGGUGAUGGACGAGGCGACGCGGGCCAUGCUGGCGGUGUUCAUCAGCAACCUGGUCUUCGUCCUCCCAUGCGCCAUCAAAUUCAUCAUGACCACUGAGUUCACCAAAUUCAUGAUGGACAUCUUUUUAGUGUUCUUUUACACGCAUCUGUUCGUGGACCCGUUGGUGUUUGUGUGCUUCAACAGUCACCACCGGAGGCACGUCCUGCAGGCCCUCCAGCUCUGCCUCGGCCGCCCUCCUCGCGAAGAAGGCGCGUUAACCAUCGAGUCACAGGUCGCUCAGUCGUCCCCUGCCCUAGGAGUCCCGACGAGGGGCGAGGCAAAGACUCAAGAGGAUACCUGCUGAAGGGUUUGAAGUGGAGGGAAAGGAGGUGGUGGAGGAGAACAGGGCGGAGCAGUGGAGGGGAAGGGAACAUUGGAGGAGGAGGGGAGGGGAGUGUAGGUGAAAAGAGGGUUACGCCGAAAAAGAAGCGAGAGGAGGAGGGGAGGGGAGGGGAGGGGAAGAGAGGGUAACACGCAGAGGAAGAACAGGGGGAGAGGAGGGAGAGGAAGAGACAGGACAAGGAGGAGAACAAAGAAAGUCCAAAGCGGAACCAAAACAAAUAAUACAGAAAGCAGUACAGAUCAAGUUCUCCGAGACACAGAAGCCUGUGAUAAAGAUGGCGACUGGACGGAACGUGCUGGCGACAUCUGGCCUUGAUCAACGCCUCGGCCCUGACAUCAACCACACGGAUGAGGAAACAAACACUGCAAGAAAUGUUCGGGAGAUGGCGACAGUGUUAUACUUGAACACACAACGGAAAGGACAGCGCCCCGUUUUGUGCGCCGCUAAGGAAGGUUCCGCCCCGCCCUGCGGCCGGGGCCACGCGGCGAUGCAUGAGUCUCCGGAAAAGGAUCAAACAGCCCAGGCGGACGCUGAGGACGUUCCGCUGAGCAAGCCAAGGCCAGGGUGUCGAGGCGCAGGGCUGGACAGUAGACCUUCUUCAAGGUCAGCUUGGACUUACGGAUAAGUGUUUGGUUCCACGUGUACAUGUUUCGAGUACGUAAGUGUUCGUGUGCCGCCAGGGCUGCUUUAUGGAUCCACAACUGAGGCUAUCUUUCCACACACAACUGCAGGUGUUCCAUGUGUUGUGUUGUGGUCAGUGUUCGUGCCCUGCCAUUGCCGAUCCACGGCAUCACAGCAUAACUCUGGCGUCCUGUUACUGUGACUGUGUGUUAAUUUGUAACGUGAUGAUGUGGCAGGGCACGUACAGCCGGACCUCAGCUGUGAUGGAUACUGUAUGAUUUCAGAGGUAUGAUGAACGAUGAUUUAUGAUGAUAGGAAAGCUCUUAUUGGCAGA